AUGGAGCCGGAGCCGCGGCGAUGGGCGGCGACGUACACGACGCAGCUGAAGAAGAAGCGCAAGGCCUACCACGACGGGGCCCUCCUCCUCCACCCCGACUCCCGCCGCCUCGUCCUCCUCGACGACGCCGGCGUCACCAUCGACGCCAAGUUCCUCCGCGCCGCCGACUCCGUCUCCGCCGGCGCGGCCAUCGAGUUCCCGUGCCACCUCGUCGACGUCGGCAGCGAGGCCCAGCGCGGCCACUCCGGAAGGUCCUCCGAGCCCGCCGCCUCCAGAACCGCCUCCUACCGCGGCGGCGCCAGGCCGCGUCAGAGCGCGCCCGCUCCCCGCGCGUUCGUGAACCCGCCGAAGAGCGGCGGCGGCGGCGGCAAGGCUGAAGCCGCGGGUUCUGGCUGUGCCAACUCCGCGGAUUCCGCGUGCCAAGAGUGGCAUGCGAUGUACACCGCCCAGAUGACUCAGAAGGCUAAGAAGUAUCACGACGGCUUCGUGAGGCUCAGGGCAAUGGGUUCACAUGCGAAGCAGGUCGUUUUGCUGGAUGAAGAUGGUCAAGUACUAGGCAGCAGGUACCUCAAGUCAGGGGAGUGUUUGGAAGCCGGGAAGAAAUGCACCUUCCCUAACUAUCUGAUUGAGAUCGGCGAGGCCAAAAACAUAAACAGAGGUGGAGAACGUAACUUUUCAGAGGAACCUACGGUGCAAUCAAGACCAACGGGGGUGGGAAAUGCAAACAACAAAGUGGGAACGGGCGCAACAAGUUCCCUGAAAUUCAUCAGUCCACAAAAGUUCCAUUAUCUUGAUGAGAGUCAAUCAGAAGUAACUUCUAGUUCUAACAAGCUGGAUCUUGGAAAGAGUGAAGUUGAAGCUGCUAGUAGCCUUAUGGGUUCAACAGACUCAAGUUCCAAAGAAUGGCGCAUCUUAUACACAACCCAACUAACUCAAAAGGCGAAGAAGUAUCAUGAUGGUAGUCUAAAGCUCAUGCAAGUUGGUUCACGCGCAAAGCAGAUUGUUUUAUUAGAUGAAGAUGGUGUAGUGCUUGGCACCAGAUAUCUCAAGUCAGGUGAAUCUAUCGAAAGCAGGAAGAAAUGUCAUUUUCCUAAUUAUAUUAUUGAAGUCUUUGAUCUCAGAAAUCAAAAGAACGAUGUAGAGCCUAAACACACUUCUGGGGAGGCUUUGGAUCACACAGGACUGAAGAAUGGAGAGAAUACAAGUGAAAAGAAGAGUGACAAAAGUAAAUCUCCAAAGUUUGUUAGUCCACUUUUCAACGAUAAUCAAAAGAGUAAAACAAAAGGCACUACUGGCUCUAACUGGCCACUGGUUGGAAAAUCAACACUUAGUGACAUGGGUGAUCCACAUAACUUUCAUGAAUUUCAGAGGGGUAAACCAAAUAGCACUGAUGGUUACAGAAGAACAGACCUGGCCAACUCAACAUAUAGUGGCAUCAAUGAUCCACAUAAAUUUAAUGAUUUUGCAGAUUUCCAGGGGAGUAAAUCAGAAUUUUCUACUAGCUACAGCCAACUAGAAGUUGGCAAAUCAACAUUUAGUGACCAGGGAAAAUCAACAUUUGGUGGCAUGGAUGAUCCACAUAAAUUUAAUGACUUUACAGAUAUCCAGAGGGGUAAGUCAGGAUUUGCUACUAGCUAUAACCGGCCAGAAGUUGGCAAAUCAGUUCUUAAUAUAUCAGAUGAUCCACUAGAAUCUUGUGAUCUUCAAAAUGGUAUAUCACCGUGUCCCACUAGUUCUGUCGGGAGAGAGGUUGGAAUAUCAACAUUUGGCAGAACGGAUGAUUCUUUGCGGACUGCAUCCCAAAUACUAUCUAUCAUGAAGCCCCCAGCUGGAUUGUCUCACUUUGCUACCCAGCUCCGCACAUCGGUGCAAUCAUGCUUGAAGUUGGACACUGUACAAGCAAAGAACUCGAUAAGCACUCAUAAUUGGAAUGAACCAUCCGGGAAUGCCUAUCCAACUUAUGAUCGUCAGGCCAUCCCGAAACCAGCAGCUUUUGAUGGCCCGGAAUUGGCAAUGAUGGAUAUCCCAGCAUCUGAGAUCCCCAAUGCAAACGAGCAGAAACUAGAAUCACCAGGCAAUCUUCAUAUUGGAAACUCUAAUGGUACAGAUUCUGCGCCAGUUUCAAAUGAUACUAGCAUCCCGGGCUUGCAAGAAGAGAAAACUGGAAUUGCAGAUCAGCUCGGUGCAAAUAACACAGCAACGGACCCCAAUUGUGGCGGUGGCCCUUUUCCGGCUCCAAGCAUCCGUAGAUGUCUAGAUCCCAGGAUUCAGGAUUUGAUAGAUGACUGCCCUUCUUUUGAUCUUGGCUUCUGAUGGAAGUGGAAGGCAGGCAGGGUGCCGUGCACGAUUUGGGGAAACUGCGAGGAAGCAGUGCGCGUGGCGGGGGUUACUUCUUCAUCGGUGGCGGGAGCAGAAGUUUUGUGAAGAAAUUGAGCUAGUUGAGUGGGUGAAGGGAUGAUCAUACGUGGGCGGUCAUGUACAGUUUUACUGCCAAGUCUAUUUUUUCGUUG